CAGGGAACUACAGACCAUUCUGCAAAGUACUUGAAACACUUAUUAGAAACUCUCUGGUUGACUACAUGAAAGGCAAUCAACUAUUCAGCACUUCGGCAAUUUAAUUGGCUUUAUCAGCGGCAGAUCCACAGUUUUGCAGCUGAUCCUAGUACUGUUAUCGACAAAUGGACAGAAAUCUUGGAUAUGGAGGUGCAGUUGAGUGUACUGUGACUUCAUGAAAGCAUUUGAUAAAGUCCCGCAUAGACGUCUACUAAUCGAUACAUUGAAGUAUGGUAUUGGAGACCCCAUUUACAAUGGAUUGGAGCAUUCCUAAGUAGCAGAAAACAGAGGGUUGCUGUUAAGGGAAACUUCUCGGAGUGGCAAGAUGUGCUCAGCGGAAUACCCCAUGCAAGGAUCAGUACUGGGACCAAUCCUGUUUGUUAUCUACAUCAACUCACUACCAGAGAUGGCUCAGGACUCCGAAGUAUACCUCUUUGCUGAUGAUACGAAGAUUUUUUGAAGUAUCUCAUCCGAGGAGGACUGCGAAAUCCAACAUGACAUAGACCGUAUGGACUCACGACUCGCUACUGAAAUUCCAACCUGACAAGUGUACUAUGAUGAGAAUUGGGAAAACGAGAACGGGAAUUAAACAAUACGGGGUGGGGGGGGGGAGGAUCGGCAUCAACUAAACAGUAGCUUGAGUAACUCCAGCUGUCAUGCUCAUAUUCAUUCACAUGCUACAUACAGUGCCGGGGGACAGCGAGAAGAAUCAUGAUGCGGUGGAGACGAGGAUGACUUGUCACAAUCAUGGUCCUCUGCCUGCGGAAGCCGACGGCGGCAAGCAGCUACCUCAUCCCGACCUACCGAAUUAAGGGCGUGACUUGCAUCACGUGUACCGGCCGGCUACUAUUUAUAUAAGUUACAGAGAAGGGGCAGGAAAAAGCUGCGGAAUGCGUGCCGUUGAUAACUAGUCGCGGAUUAGCGAAGCUGCGGAUUGCAACUGCUUGGAACUGAUGACAUCGUACGUCAACGUAUAGUCGCUAUCAUCAGUAUCACUCCGAAGGGUUGCACUUGUGCCACUGCAGUGCACUGCUAGUGCUACCGGUCUAUCUCCAUGUUCUGAGUCAGUUGUCAUUCCUCCAUGCAUGCCAUGCAUCGAUUCAACAAAUAAUCGGCCGCUUGUAUAAAUCGGAUGGUGUGUCGACAAGUCUGAACUGAAGCAAGGGAAGGCACUCAGCAGGAUGGGUGCUGUCACGGAUGAAAAAUAUUCCCAUGGGAGUGGAAAAGACAACAAUAACUACAGUGCACCGGGAUCCAGUAACUGUAGUCGAGUGCUCAUCAGGGGUGUGUUGGUGCUCAUUCUUGGAGGUUUGUUUUUAUCCUAUACAACUCGGAUGUUCGCUGGAUCGAGCGCCGUCACUAAAAAUGAACAGGCGCAAUUUUGGAGAGUGGACAGUCUCACACAGACAGAGAUAGUUGUCAACACCCACAGACGCACUCAGCCAGAGGCAACCGGUCUGAACCGCAACAAAACUGUGCCAUUGUCACAAUCAGACAGUGUAGAAACUGAUAAACAGAAUGUUACACAGGGUACGGGGCCAGCGAGUGAUGACAUCAUCAGGCCCAUUACUAUGGAUAAACAUAAUGACAGCAGCAUUAGCAGCAGCGGUCGAGGCAAUGAUGCAAUCCAAACUAUAUUUUCAACCUUGAAGUUAUCAUAUACGGACAUCAAGCUUGAAGAGGAUAACGGGAUACCAACAGUGCAAUUUCUUGACGUCAGUGAAGCGUUGAAACCAUUACUAGAUGCAGUGGGUUCUUCUGUGAGUCUCAUUGAAGGUGACAUAGGAGGGAAUGCCCAGAAACUUAGGAAGUGUUAUGACGAGACCCCAACUCAGUGCCAAACCAUUCAAGACAUGUUGACCUAUGACAUCAAGAUGGGCAGAGCGGACGAGGACGAGCGCUCGGUGGUAUCCCUUACGUGGUUUAAAAGAGCUUUUGAAUUCAUUAAGAAAUUAAUGGUCUACAUAGCAAAUGGAGCUGAGCCAUAUGACGCGGCUAAAGCGGCAUACGAGGAAGUGCUAAGCAAGCAUCAUGGCUUUGUGGUCAGGUUCUCUUUCAAGGGCGCUAUGAACCUAUUGCCAUCUAGAGACAACUUCUUAAAGAAACUCGUCGUUAACGAGGCAGAUCUUGCCAAGCCAAGCUGGAAAGCCGAGGUCACGGCCGACAUGAAGCAAUACUUCCUGGGCAUGGAAAACAUCCUGAGUAUCCUGAGAGAAUUUUUUAAGGAGCACAAAUUGGAAAACUGAAACAUUGCUGUCUAUGGGAAAAAUUUGCAGCAACCGCUGAUCUCGAUUGGCACCUUGGUACAAUAGAACAUCGCUACAACAUACACCACCACACCUAAGUUUGGCUGUGUAAAAAUCCUUGUUGGCCCAAAAUUUCUGCACAUUUUCAGGUCUUUAUUCAGGCAUUACGUUUUCUAAGAGCGCCUUUAUGUUAAUACUGUUAAACUGUUUCAUGUUGCUAUUUCAGUUUUUCCAGACGUGCCAUUUAGUUCAUAUUAUUGUUUGUUUCAUUUGAUAUUUGCCAUGGAAUAUCAAAAAACUGGUGCCAUAAAAUGUAUAUUUUGAUGGAUUUGGUGUAUCCAUGAAAUUUUAAGCACAAGUUUAACCCUGACUUUCCAUAAAGGUACAAAUACUACUCGUAGUAAACUGCGGCAGUACUAUCCUAUAUAAAUAUUGAAUGCUUCGAGUGGUGUAGUAAAACUAGCCUCCCGAGGUGAUCCAUGGUUCGCCGAGGGAAAAUAGAAUGGUCCAUG